AUGGCUCCGUCUGCGUGGCUACGGUACACGGCCGCACAAACGUCGCGAAUCGCGAUAGCUGGACAAUCUGCCACGAUCCUCGCCGGCCCGCCCUGCGGACACGUUAUCGACGCUGUCGGAUUCACCGUCCCGGCGUCUCUGGGCGCCCUGGCUAUCUGGCUGGGCUACUUCCUGUUCUACAAGCAGUACUCCGCUGCUGCCUCGAACUUACCGUAUAGCUGCUUUUUAUUUGGCCUGAUCGGCGUCGGCAGCACUGGGCUCAGCUCUGCGUGCGUGAAAAGCAGCAUGCUCGCCUGGCCUGCGCGCCAGGGGCUUGCUGUGGCGCUGCCGCUGGCGUGCUACGGUGCCAGCGGCAUCUUCUUUUCCAGGCUGGGUAGCUGGCUUGCGCCGGGCGACACAGCAGAGUUCCUCAAGAUUGUGGCACGGGUGACGUUUGCAAUCGGCCUGGUCACGGCGCCCAUGCUCUGCGUGUACGACUGGAGCCGGCCGCGUGUGCCUGCGCCGAACGUGGCCGCGGCCAUCGAGAUGCAGGUGCUGUCUUCGCCACGGCCCGUGCUGCGCCACACAGAGAAGCCACACGCACUCAGGACACCCGAGUUCUGGAUGGUCACGGCAGCGCUGGGGCUUCUGGCCGGGAUCGGGCAGAUGUACAUCUACGGGCUCGGCAUGAUUGUGUGCUCGCUGUACGCGCUGCCGUCGCAGACUCAGCAGGCUCUCGCCGCGUACGACGAGGCGGUGCAGGAGCGCCAGCACGCGCAGGUGAGUCUGCUCUCGCUGUGCUCGACGGGCGGGCGACUGCUGGGCGGGCUGGUGGCGGACGAGUUCCACGCGCGCGUGCGGCGGUCGCGAACGUACCUACUGCUGCUCCCUGCGGCGCUGAUCGGGGCGGUCCAGGUUGGUGGCAUUUUUUCGGAGGACCUGCGCGCGCUCUCUUUUCUGUCUGUGGGGCUCGGGCUGGGGUACGGCUCGCUGUACACGCUGACACCGGUGGUGGUGCGCGACCUGUGGGGGAUGACGAGCUUCAGCACGAACUGGGGACUAUGUAACCUGACUCCGGUGGUGACAAACCUGGUGCUGAGCACGCUGUUCGCCCGCAACUACGACCUGCAUACUGAAAAUCUGGAGAUAUCCGGGGAAACGCGACGCUUGUGCAUGGCCGGAUACAGAUGCUACAACGGUGCGUUCUGGGGCACUCUGGGGCUGGCGGUGGUCGCGUGCGGGUUCCUGUGGGCGCUGGUGAGCCGGCAGACGCACUACAUUCCACUGCAAAAAGAGGAGACCGAGUAA